UAUGAUCACUUGUCACUGUGUAUUUGAAGUUUAGCUACACGUGAUUGCAGACGUUGAUAACAGAUGCCUCUUUGUGAUAACACGCGGUGUACAACUAUUAUUAUUGUGUUAUUUUUAUAUCAUACUGGGAAAAGAUUAAGGGUCAUGACUGGGCACAGGUGAAAAGAAGAAGGUACUUCUUUAGAGUUCCAAAUUAAGUGAAAAAGCAGAUCGAUCAAAAUGGAGCAGAAAGAAAAUAGAACUCCCCCUAUUCGCUGUAAUUUAGACACAUACAGUUCAAAAAUCGAGCUAGCAUACAAUGGUUCCAGAGAAGACCUCGACCCUUAUGUACCAGCAGACCACAGGCCUUUGGAAUCCAAUACAUCGAGUUUCGGAGCGCUGGCCCACUUGCUCAAAGCGUCGCUUGGCUCCGGAGUGCUGGCGAUGCCCCUCGCUUUCAAGAACGCAGGUCUCGUCGUUGGUGUGUUCGCCACUAUGAUCAUCGGCUUCGUCUGCGCGCAUGUUAUUCACGUCCUGGUGAAAACCUCGCAGCAACUCUGCAUAGAAAUCAAAAAACCAUCACUAGGCUACGCGGACACCUGUGAUUUAGUUUUCCAAAAUGGCCCAGUAGCCGUGAGAAAAUAUGCACCUUUCGCCAGAGAAUUAGCAGACUGGGCGCUGGCAGUGACACAUCUAGGAGCAUGCUGCGUUUACAUUGUGGUAGUUGCUGAAUCGUUUAAGCAAGUAUCAGAUGAAUACGGAGGUCCCAAGUGGUCUGUGACAGUGUUCUGCGCUCUGACCCUAGUGGUAUUAAUACCGUUGACACAAAUCACAAAACUGAAGUAUUUAGUGCCGUUUUCCGCUUUAGCCAACUUCGUAUGGCUGACGUCUAUAUGCAUAUCCAUAUACUACUGCUUGAGAGACCCACCGCCUGUAUCUUCGAGGAGCUACGCUACUAGUAUAUCUGGAUUACCUAAUUUUAUAAGCACAAGUCUGUUCGCCAUGGAAGGCAUUGGAGUUGUCAUGCCCAUAGAGAAUGAAAUGACGAAACCUCAUCACUUCCUGGGCUGUCCCGGAGUGCUUAACAUUGCCAUGAGUGCCGUGGUGGCAUUGUAUGCAUUCGUCGGAUUCUGCGGAUACUUGAGUUUCGGAGAAAACGUUAGAGGGAGUUUGACAUUGAACUUGCCUCAAGAUGAAAUUUUAGCGCAAGUGGCAAAGAUAAUGGUGGCUUGUGUGAUGGUGCUCUCGUACGCGCUGAUUUUCUACGUGCCCGUGGACGUGGUGUGGCGUCGUGUGCGUGACCGCAUCCCCGCCAGGGGACAUCGCUGGGCGAUGGCGGGACUAAGAUUCUUUGGCACGCUUUUUACAGUGGCCCUAGCCUGUGCGAUUCCUAGGCUCGAACUAUUCAUGGAACUAGUGGGCGCUGUAUGUCUGUCCAUCAUGGGGCUUUCGCUCCCUGCGAUUGUCGAAACCGUCUUCCGCUGGGGCAAGGACCUCGGCCCUUGCUACUGGAUUCUAUGGAAAAACUGCAUCAUAGUGUUAUUCUCCAUGGUGGCUCUAGUAUCAGGUGUUACCUUCUCUAUCAAGACAAUGGUCGAUAGUUUGUGAUUGUGAUAAUCGAGGCUGUGUGCGCCUUACCCUAGAAGGUGCAAAAUUCCGAUGGGAGUUUCCGCAAUAUAUUAUUUUUAAGGAGACAAACAAAAACCU